AGGGGUCGUGAUAUUUUCAAAACGUCGUAACACAAAUGCAAAUGCAAAUGCAACUUCAAACAAUAUGAAAGAGAAAAAGGAGACAAACCCUUAGACAACUAUUUACUCGCCGAUAUUAAUGAAACUUUUACUCAGAGUUUGCCCUGCUUGUACCCUACUCAGCAAUAAAAAUCUAUGAGACGACUUUUACGGGAUGGGUACUCCUGGAGAAAUGAGUGUACCUGAAGGAUUGAUAGUGGAUUCACGUCCUGAAUUUUUCACUUCAUGCUCACAUGAAGAAGCCCUUGAAGAUGUUGAACACCCAGCAUGGAUUAGCACCACAAGCUUCUCAGAAUCAUGUGGUAGCUACCUGUCUCGAAUUUCCAGCUUAUGCCUUGAAGCCAAAGAAAGUGAUUUUUCAGAAUCAGCUGAUUGUAGAGUUGUUCCUGAACAUUCCCAAGAAAAUGGUAAUAUGCAAGAAAACUCUUGCUCCCCAGUUCCUGCAACUAGUUUUCAUUUUGAUGAGGCUGGUGGCAUUCCAAAACUUGGAGAUAUUGCUUUUGUUUAUCAAGAAGACAGAAACCCAUUUACUGCCUCAGGAAGUUUACAGUCACUGUCUAGCUCUUCUAAAACUAUUUAUGCAAGCCCUAGAUCAAACUCGGGCAGUCAAUUUUAUUCUCGUAACAAGUCCUUGGCAGGGAGAGCAAUCCAAACACGAGGAAAUUUAUAUAGGGAACGUGCUCCAAGUGAAAAUGCUUUGGACUUCAGGAACUUGAACAGUGUAAGAGAAUGCAAAUUAAGUCAAUCACUUCAUGAUGUUUCUAGUAUUCCUUCAAAUGGCUUGAAGAAACCCGUACGAAAAUCAGCAGGAGCAUCUUUAUCUACACUUUGCUUACGUAAUAGGUCAAGGGAUUCUGGUUUUAUUCAGUCAGAAAGUUUACUGAGCCUUAGCAGUGGGAGCCGGAACUAUGAUCAUGUUGAAAGUAAGGUGAAACGCUAUAUACAGGAUAUCAAAGACGCUGAUGCCGCACGUAGAAAAGAACGUGCCAGGAACAGAGUCACUUCUGUCAAUGACCCUAAACAACCUCUGGAAAAUGAUUACUUUGAAUCUCAAGACAGCAGCAUUCUUUUGAAAAUGCAACAAGAUUUAGAAGAAAAGGAUCGCCUUCUCUCAAAGCUGCAAGAGGACUAUAACCGUCUUCUUGGGAAAUAUGCUGAGGCUGAGAAUAGGAUUGACAAGUUUCGGUUUGGAUGGUAUGAAAGCUCUCCAUCUGCAGCUCAAAGACCCUUUCUUUCCCCACCAAAAAAUCAGACAAAAAAUAACAAUCUGAAACACUUUGUCCAGACCUCUCCUUUAGCAGAAAUGGAUAACUGUAGUCUAUCAAGUUCCAUGUUUUUAUCCAACUUUGAAGACUUUGAUUCGCCUGAUUCGAGCUUUGACAUAAGAAGGGGGAUGAAGAAUGUCAAACAAAAUGAAAGAAAACCAAAUGAGGUCAUAGUCAGUGCUCCACUUCGCCCAAUUGCAAGUUUAUAUUGUACAUCUGUUCGGUUGGACCGUGUCAUGGCCCCCCUUCAUUCCAAGUCUUCUGUGGACGAACAAUCUAUGUCAUCCUCACAUGAUCAGUGUAAUGAACCAAAUGAGAAUAAGCCAAUUAUUGAUGAUGGAUUACCUGAACUCACUAUCCUGGAGGGUACUACGGAUACGGGGAUAGACACCUUUUGUCCUUUGAGUGUGGAAGGUUUGUCUACAACCCAUCAUCCAUCAAAGGCGAUUGGUCAUCUGCCUCAUGAAGAUCCCAUGUUAAAAGUACAGCGUUGGCAGAAGAGUAUUCCUACACCAACUCGCCCACAUCCUAAGUUUUCUCCAUUUUCUAAAAGUAGCUCAAGAAAGCGAACUCAGUUACCUGAUAACAGCUUUGAAAUGGUGGUUCAGCAGCAGAAAGACCAAGUGUCGGAACAGAAUGCUAACAAAAAGAAUUAUUCUAGCAUUGGAAUACAAGUAAAUGAAGGAGAUAGUCUUGAUCUCCCCUCCACCAUCAGCAGAAUGAGUACACCAAUGGUUCCCUGUCUAAACUUGGGAGAACUAUCUGGGUGCACAGAUGAAUUCAGUGGCAGCCUUCUUUCCAGUGAAUGUGGGAAGAACAAGUCAACUGGUCACCUACCCUCAGAAUCACACCCCAGUUCAAAAGUUCACUCAGAUUCUCAUUCUUCUAUGCCAUCCAAAAGUUUCUCUUCCAACAUUGAAAUUUCUACCUCUACCAAACAAAUACAUGAGGGAAAAUGCAAAUCAUGUGGUUCAAACUUGAAGUCGAGAGAAAAGCAUGUUUCCAGUAAGAGAAAGGAAGAAAGAAACAAUCAAUUUUCUUCUGCAGAAAAACUUGAAUUGUUAAGAAACCAUGUGCCACUAUCUUCAAGGAAGGAAAAGGUUCAAAAAUCAAUAUCUCAGUUGAGUGGUUCAGAUUUGGCACAAUUAGUGUCAAUGAUAUGGAAAGACCAGGAUCAUGUUGUGCCUACCAGCCCUGAGGAGGAAAAAUCAUAUCAGCAUGCCUUUGAAACUCUUGAACGAAAAAUGAAUUCUCUUAAAAACUCUGUCAAUUUGCAAACUUUUGUGAGCUUACUGGAUGUCCUUUUGGAAAAAGCCCCCACCACCGGAUGCAUUUGCCAUCAUGAUCACAGUGUUCCAAAUUCUGGGAAUACAACUGGGCUUUUGUCUAGUCCAGCACAAGAGGCAUCUGUACUUCCUGAUUGUUCUGAUGUAGAUGGAUCUUUGCUGCAGUGCCUGGAGGAAUUAGAUCAGUACACUCAUCAGGUAUGGGCGAAGACGGAGUCAUUUUUGGAAGUUUUGAAUUCAGAUAAAUGUAGCACAUCGCUCAGACCUCAAUAAAGAGUUUCUUACAAUGUUAAGUAGCAAAAAUUUUAGGAAAUAAAUACAAAUUGCAUGGGUUGAUUACUUAAA